CCAAGUUUCAAUCAUCAGGGAGCAACUAUUGUUGAUUUGUCAGUUAAAAUAGCACUCGAUCAAGAUUACCAAAUUCCACCUGCUGCCUUGGCAUCAUCUGCAACACAGCGUAAUGCUCCUGGUGGUGCUGACUCUGCUUUACGGAAGGCAGAGGAUGUGGUCACCAGCAUGCUUGCGAAGGGUUUUAUCUUAGGUAAGGAUGCUGUUAACAAAGCAAAGACUUUUGAUGAUAAACACCAGUUAUCUUCAACAGCUUCAGCAAAAGUUACUUCUUUUGACCAAAAACUUGGGCUUAGUGAAAAAAUAAGUGCUGGUGCUUCUGUUGUAAGUGGUAGAGUACGAGAAGUGGAUCAAAAGUUUCAGGUUUCAGAGAAGACCAAAUCAGCAUUUGCAGUUGCAGAACAGAAAGUCAGUACUGCAGGAUCUGCUAUAAUGAAGAAUCGAUAUGUGCUCACUGGGACUUCUUGGGUUACUGGUGCUUUUAAUAGGGUUGCCAAGGCAGCUGAGGAUGUUGGACAGAAGACAAAAGAGAAAGUGGUACAUGCAGAAGAGGAACAGAAGCGAAAAGUAGAAGACCAAUAUGCACAGGUCCUUUCUGACUCCCCGAAAGCAGCUGCAACUAGCGAUCUGCACUCUUCCAAGCCUGCUCCUGCUCAGGGUUUGAUCCUCUGAUUUGCUUCUUGUACAUACCUUCUUUGAAACUCUUGCAAAUUGUUUCCAUGUGAACCCCACCCUUUUAUCUGAUUGAAAUUAAUGUAACACUGGUUUUACUCGUUA